UAGUCACCAAGACUCACAAACAACUCUUGAGGCUUCGUAAAAUAUCGUUGAGUCGUUUAUUCGUUUCCUCGUAGGAAUUGACGGUUCCGUCAUGGAAGGUCUAGCACUAGGAGACGACCCACUUAGCGACUUCGAUUGUGACGCCUUUCUCGAACAAUUACCAGAUCCUCACGUUGACGAUAUCUUCCAUGAGAAGGAGGUUCCUUCUGCCGUAGCAGGUGGCGGUGUUUUAUCAGAGAUCGAGAACUUGUUGAUGGCCGAUGAUGAAGACGACUGCGCUGUCAUUCCCGCUACUCCGUCGUUGGAAUCUGACUACGACAAGCUUCUUGCUGAAAUACUCGUCGAGCCGCACGGUGACUCCGACGACGGUUCCACUCCUUCUAUCGAAGAUCCCCACAAGGACAGGGUUGAUGCAGCGGGCCCCAAGGAGGUUGGCAUUGAACCCGUUUCGAAGAAGCUAUUAAGGAAAAUGAGGAACAGAGAUGCUGCUGCGAGAUCAAGAGAGAGGAAGACGAAGUAUGUAAAGGACCUUGAGAUGAAAAGUAGGUAUUAUGAAGGGGAAUGCCGUAGACUGGGGCAUUUGCUCCAGUGCUGCUAUGCUGAGAACCAUGCUUUGCGUCUUUGCUUACAGGCACGAGGUGCAUUGAAUGCUUCCAUGACCAAGCAGGAGUCUGCUGUGCUCUUGUUGGAAUCCCUGCUGUUGGGUUCCCUGCUGUUGUUCAUGGGUGUCAUGUGCCAAUUCAGUCUACGACUGACAGCCUGGUUAACGGUACUACUUCCAAGAGAAAACAAGGAGCAGAGAAACGCAAGAAGGGUAGCUCGAAAAGGACCCGAAAGUGAUAUAUCUGAGUGUUUCUGGGUGCAAUCCUCUACAAAGAGUAGAAGUUGUCGGGCUUCAAGGAGAAAGAUGAAAUUCUUUAUUUCUUCUCUGUCGUUAUUUUAUUCUAGUAUAUAUUAGAAGGGGAGGACGAAAAGAGAAGAAAAGAGAGAGAGAGAGAGAGAAGGGGGGG